AUUGUUUUAUACCUUAACAAGCCUCAAAUCUUCCAAAAAGCGAUUAGGUGGAGGAUUAAAGCAUCAUUGAUUGUGAUAAGCUAUAGGAAUUCAGAAAGUUAGGGUCGUUUGUUCGUUUUUGACUUGGUUAAAACUUUAGCUCAAAACAGAAUCAUUAUCCUUAUUGAUAUUUUAAUACUUAUUCAUUCAUUAUCAUUUAACAAAAUUGGCGGAAUAUGUCUUGGUCUGCGGAUCCUCAUGCUCUUGAGCAAUUGAAACACAUCUUUAGUGCCACUUUGUCAUCAAACAAUAAAGAAAGAUCGGAAGCUAACGAUGCAUUGGCCGAAGCAAGAUUACAACCAGAGAUUGAAAAUUACCUUUGUGAGCUUCUUGUAUCUGAUCAUUCUGCUAAAUCGGAUGUCAGAGCUGCUGCAGGUAUUAAUUUGAAGAAUAGCAUUUUAAGAAGCCAAUAUGCAACUACUGAUAAAGAUAGAAGUUAUUUAAUGGAUAGUAUAUUGAAAGGUUUACUUGAUAAUGAAAUCAUGGUCAGAAACAUCACCGGUAAUGUUAUAACUUCUUUAUUUUCGAUUUAUGGACUUUCCAAAUGGCCACAAGUUUUACCCCAACUAAUUCAAUUAACUCAAUCUCAAGAGGUUAAUACUACCGUGCACGAAGCUGCAAUGGGUGCAUUAUCAAAAAUUUGUGAAGAUAGUACGUCAUCUUUAGAUCAAGAAUAUAAUGGUGAAAGACCUCUCAACUUCAUGAUGGUCAAUUUCUUAAAGUUAGCUGAAGAUCAAUCAAGUGGGAAAGUAAGAGCUUUGGCUGUCCAUUGUAUUAAUCAGUUUAUCAGAUCAAAAUCCCAAUCAUUUUUGGUUCAUAUCGAUGAUUUUUUGCAAAGACUAUUUCAAUUAGCUAGUGAUAAUACUAGUGAAGUAAGAAAAAAUGUUUGUACUGCAUUUUUGGCAAUUUUAGAAACUAGACCUGAUAAAUUAUUACCUCAUAUUGAUGGAGUUAUCAAUUUUUGCUUACAUGCCAUGCAAGGUUCAGAAGAGGAAGUUGCUUUAGAAGCCUGUGAAUUCAUUUUGGCAUUGUCAACAACUAUUGAAGUUGAAAGCGAUAAAAAUAUUUUGAAACCAAAAUUGAACUCCAUUUUGCCAAUUUUAUUAGCUAAAAUGGUUUAUUCAGAGGAGGAAAUUUUUUACAUUCAAAUGAUUGAUGAAAAUGAUGAUGCCAACGUUGCUGACAAAGAUGAAGAUAUAAAACCUCAGGCUGCUAAAUCAAAAGAUGCACAUACUGCUGGUAAUGGGGGUGGGUCUAAAAAAACCAAGAGUUUUGAUGAUGAUUCCGACUCUGAUUAUGAAGACGAAGAUGACGAUGACGAUGAUAGUGAAUUAGAUCAAUGGAGUUUAAGAAAAUGUUCUGCUGCUGCUUUAGAUAUAUUUUCACUUGAUUUCCCAUCUGAAGUUUUGCAAGUUACUUUACCUAUAUUACAAGAAAGAAUAGUUUCUCCUGAAUGGCCAGUUCGUGAAGCUGCCAUUCUUGCAUUUGGUGCAAUUAGUAAGAGUUGUAUUGAUUUGGCUAGUGAUAAGUUACCAACACUAGUUCCAUUCUUAGUCGAUAGAUUACAAGAUCAAGAAACUAGAGUUAGACAGAUUACUUGUUGGACUUUAUCAAGAUUUGCUAGUUGGGUUGCUGAAGAAGCUCAUGAGGGUGGCCACUAUUCUAAUUACUUUCAACCUACUUUCCAGUCAAUUGUUAGCUGUGCUCUGGAUAAGAAAAAAGUUGUUCAAGAAGCUGCUUCGUCUGCUUUAUCAACUUACAUUGAAGAAUCUGAUAUUUCAUUGAUUGAAUUUUAUUUGGAACCUUUAUUACAACAUUUCCAACACUGUUUCCAAACCUAUCAACGUAAAAACAUGACUAUUUUAUAUGAUUGUGUUCAAACUUUUGUGGAGAAAGUAGAUCAUGAUAGAUUUGCUGCAAAUCCAUCAUUUGUUAAUUAUUUAAUGCCUCCAAUAUUACAAAAAUGGCAAGAAUUGGAUGAUUCAAAUAUUGAAUUAUGGCCAUUAAUGGAAUGUUUGGCUGCUAUUGCUGCCACUUUAGGUGAGCUUUUCUUGCCAUUUGCUGUUCCAGUUUAUGAAAGAUCGAUCAAGAUUUUAUUUAAUUCUAUACAAUUAGAUCAACAAUGUCAAACCGAUCCAUAUAUAGAAGCCCCUGAAAAAGAUUUCAUCAUCACAUCAUUGGAUUUAAUCGAUGGAUUAAUUCAAGGUUUCACUCAUCAUUCUGGUGAAUUAAUUCAACAAAAUAACAUUGAUUUAAUGGAAUUAGUUAUGCAAUGUUUUGAAGAUCCAACUGAAGAUGUUCGUCAAUCUGCAUAUGCAUUAUUAGGUGAUUUAGCUAUAUUUGUCGUUGAUUCAACGGUUAAACCUAAUUUAAGGCCAAUAAUAAUAAGUAUUGGUAAUGAGAUCAAUAAUAGAACUUACAAUUCAUUUGCAGUUUAUAAUAAUGCAAUUUGGGCUUUGGGAGAAAUGAUUAUUAGAUUGCCAUAUGAAGAUUAUAAACCAUUUUUGAACAAUUUGGUUGAUUUAUUAAUACCAGUUUUAAAUAGUACCGAUACUCAACAAACAGUUUCUGAGAAUGCAGCCAUUUGCUUAGGUAGAAUGGGGAUUAAUGGGGGUUCUGAAGUCCUUGCACCAAGAGUUUCAGAAUUCAUUCACCAAUGGUGUUCACAUAUGCUUUAUAUGAUAAAUAAUAACGAAAAGGAAACUUCUUUCCAAGGUAUGUUAAAUAUAAUUAGUGCAAAUCCAGAUCAAGGAUUUGGUGGGUUAUCUAAUCAACAAGGAAAGAAGAAUUUAUCGGUUUUCGUAAUUUGCAUCGCUUCUUAUAUUGACCCACCAGAAGAGUUAAGACAAAUGUUUGUUCAAGUUCUUUCAAGUUAUCAGAAUCUACUCGGUAAGGAUGUUUGGGAAUCUCAAGUCUUGUGUCAUAUUGAUCAAGAAUCAAGACAAAGUCUCCUCAAUGUAUAUGGAGUUUAAACCCCCUACAGUUUU